AUGCCUACCUUCCCAACCGACACCUCCCUCGCCUCAACAGCCUACACAGUCCUCCUCAUCUCCUACUACCUCCUCCUCCUCGCCGCCUCCUUCGCCCUCGCCAUGGCCCUCCCCGUCGCGACCUUCCACCUCGGGCGCCUGCUCGCCGGCUUGCACUUCGACCUGGGCCAUCCGGGGUCUCUGGUCGUGAUGUUUGUGGCGUUUUUGAUGUAUUCGGUGCUUUGUGGACUGGGGCCGGAGGGCGGGGAGCAGCUGAGGUGGGUUUUGGUUAAUGUGCCGUUUGGGUUGGGGGUGCUUUGUGCUGUUUGUCUUGGGGUUUGGGCGGUUGGGUUGGGGGUUUGGAGGGGGGUGGAGGGGGUGUUGGGGAGGGGGAGGGAGGAGGGGAAGGUUAAGGGCUCGUGA